AUGUCACAAGAGGACCGAAACCCAGUACUUGCUGACAGCGCAGAAGCAAAGUAUGUAAAAAUAAGAAUUGCUGACCAGGAGUCGAGCGUGCUCGAAUACGAGGUAAGGGCAUGCGCUCUGAUGGGCGAGAUCAAACGGGAUUUCGCCCGUCGUCUAGGCAUUGAUUUAAGCCGCCUAAGAUUUAUUUGUGACGGUCAACUCGUCGUAGACACUGAUACACCACAAGAACUUGAGUUGAAGGACGGUGACAUGAUAGAAGUGAUUUCUUCAUACAGAGUAGUAUUUUGA